AUGGAUGACGAUGAAACGAGAACACCUUGCGAAGCGAUGGUAACGGAUAGUAACGAAGCAUUAGAAUUUAAAUUAAUAAGAGAUAAAAAUGAUUUAAAUGAUGUUUCAUUGGUUUUCAAACCGGUUAUGUCACAUCAAAUAUUUAAUUUACAAGAAUCAAUUUACGGUUAUAAAAAUUUAAAAAUCAAAUUGUAUUUUAGUGCUUCCUAUUUAAAUCCCUAUUUAAACAUAUCUUAUUCUGAAAAAGUCGAUCCGGAUAAAUAUGAUUGCGUGGAAGCAGAUAACAUUCAUGAAAUUUUAACUCAAAAAUUAGAAAUACCAUUAAAUGAAAAUUUAGAUGAAUUCAUAUCAUCACUCGAUAAUGAGUGUCAAUUUGUUCCUCCUGGUGAAUUGAAAGAAUCAUUUACAUUCAAUGUACAAAAUCAAGAAGAAGAAGGAGGAGGAGGAGAUGGAGGAAUGAUGCAGAAAACUUAUGUUGUGUAUUAUGGAAACAUAUUCAGCCCUGGUCUUCUUGCAUAUCAUAAAAAAGUACAAACAUUCAUAUUGUGGUUUAUCGAUGCUGCUAGUUUUAUAGAUACAGAUGAUGAAAAAUGGAAAUUUUUUUUCAUGUUUGAAAAAUAUAAAAAAAAUGGUGAAACCAUGCAUGCAUUCGCCGGUUAUGCGACAGUAUACGAAUAUUUUGCUUACCCUAAAAACAUUCGUCCGAGAAUAAGUCAAAUGUUGGUACUUCCUCCGUUUCAAAGACAAGGAUUGGGUGCUGCUUUGUUAACAUCAAUUUACAACCAUUAUAAAAUCAUGAGCGAAGUUAAAGACAUCACAGUUGAGGAUCCAUCUGAAGAAUUACAACUUGUAAGAGAUUUUGUCGAUUGUAAAAAUUGCAUGACUUUAUCAGUUUUCCAACCUGAUUAUCUUUGGUCGAAAGGUUUCACAUCGGAAUUGAUACAAGAAGUUGCAUCCAUAUUCAAAAUCAACAAAAAACAAGCGAGAAGAGUCUACGAAAUAUUAAAAUUGAAAACUGUCGAUAAGGAAAAUGUAAAACAAUACAAGGAUUACAGAAUCGAAGUUAAAAAACGUUUAAAUCUACCCAAUCAAAACGAGCAGAAAAAAUUUAAAAAAUUGGAACUUUUUUUAAAACCGCAAGAAAUAGCGGAAAUGAAAGCGACUUUUUUUCUCAGCGACGAACAACGUCUUUCAAAUUUGGACAAAUCGUAUAAAGAACUCGAAACUCAAUACGAAAGAGUUUUGAAUCGGAUCGCAUCACAAUAA